ACAACAAAUAAAAUGGUCCUUUCAUAGUAGUUGUCUUAUUCUUGAUCCAUUCUUCAACUCAUUGAGUUCUUGCAUACAUCCUUAAAAGAUUCAAGAACCCUCUUAAAACAUAUCUGGAUCUUCAUUUUCGGAUCCGGGUUUUCGUCGAUUUCGCCGUUUUAUUAUCGAUGUCGAGGGUCGAAGAAGAUCAAGAACAUAGGCAACAUAUAUGCAAGUUUUGCAGCAAAAGUUUUCCCUGUGGAAGAUCUUUGGGAGGCCAUAUGAGGUCCCAUUUGGUUACCGUUGCAUCGACCGAUCAAUUUAAGUCCGGCCGGGAUGUUCGAAAGAAGCGACUGCCAAACAGGGCCUUAAGUUUAGGUAAAGAAGAUGCCUUUUUUGAAGGGAAACACUGCAGGGAGUGUGGCAAAAGCUUCCUUUCUGUUAAGGCCCUGUUUGGCCACAUGAAAUGCCAUUCUUUGAAUUUAAGGACAGCUAGUAGUGUGGAGGAAGAUUCUUCAAGCAUUUCCAAACAGGGCAUCGACAGCGAAUCAGAUGAGAUCGAGCGAAUCGAACAGGACGAGGUCGCGUUGAGUUUGAUCAUUCUUUCGAAGGCUAACGAGGAUUGGAUCAUCGAAUCUUCUGACAAUAGCGUCGAGUCCUUACAACCUAAGGCCCUCGCUACCACCGAUGAAACUAACUUUAAAAAAUCGCGAAAGAGGAGAUGCAACAAAGCAGCCAAUGAGGUAAAUUUCAAAUAUUUUGAUUCAAAGAGCGAAUUCAGAUGCUCGGUUUGUAAGAAAUCGUUCGAUUCUUACCAAGCGUUGGGAGGACACCGAGCGAGCCACAAAAAGUUCAAAGGUUGCUGCAAUAGCAGCUCGGCAACGAUCAAAAUCAAGCACGAGUGCUCGAUUUGCUUCAAAGUCUUCUCGUCAGGACAAGCCUUGGGGGGACACAGAAGAUCACACAUUCUAAUCACUAAUGAUCAGUCGAAAACAACCGGCAAUUCAGACAAGGCGAUCGCCGUUUCGCGAGGCUGUCUUGAUUUAAACUUGCCUGCUCCCGAUGAAGAUUUCGAAGAAUGCAACGAAUUCAAGCCGUGGUGGUUCGCGACGAGCUCGAGCUGCUGCUUUCGCGCUGACGCUCGACUCGACGACGGAUCGCCGCAGCUGAGCUUCACUUAAUUUUAUUUUAUUUUUUUUUUAUGUGGAAUUAGCAAAUAAGUGUACAGAUGAUUUGGCUUUGUGCUUUCUAUUAUUAUUUUUUUGCAUGUUUUUUUUUAAAAAAAAUUAAUACA